CGUGUGAGUGAGAGCCACCAAAACCAUAUGGCAUGUUAAGUUUUGUCGCCUGACAGACGCGCUAGUUUGCUGUGGUUUAUUCUACCUCAUAUCAAAUCAUUUGCGCUCUGUCAUAUACAUUUGUUACUGCUACCUUCCAGGAAUACGAGUUGUUAUUUAUUUAACCAGUCGUAGUGAAACUUUUGCACUGUUUGUUUGUUUUCGCUGAACUGCGCGCGACCCAUCGUGAGGAUGAUGCACAGCUCUCAGAAGGACACCACAUACACCAAGAUCUUCGUCGGAGGUCUUCCGUAUCACACCACCGACUCAAGCCUCAGAAAAUACUUUGAAGUGUUUGGAGAAAUAGAGGAGGCUGUUGUCAUUACUGACAGGCAAACUGGAAAAUCCAGAGGCUAUGGUUUUGUGACGAUGGCUGAUCGAGCUGCAGCAGAAAGAGCCUGUAAGGACCCAAACCCCAUCAUAGAUGGUAGGAAAGCCAACGUUAACCUGGCGUACCUGGGGGCCAAACCACGGAUCAUGCAGCCAGGAUUUUCAUUUGGUGUCCCUCAAAUACACCCCACGUUUAUUCAACGGCCUUAUGGAGAUAGUGAGGAUGAUCAUUCCCCAUUACUGUAUCCUCCCCCUUUCCGCCAGGUUAUGAGGAUUCCUGCUCACUAUGUGUACCCGCAGGCAUUCGUGCAGCCCAGCGUCGUGAUCCCGCACGUCCAGCCAUCCGCGGCCUCUGCGGCGGCCGCAGCCUCUCCAUACUUGGAUUACACCGGCGCAGCCUACGCGCAGUACUCCGCUGCCGCCACCGCUGCUGCCGCCGCGGCUUACGAUCAGUACCCAUACGCUGCCUCGCCAGCAGCCACGGGUUACGUCGCCACGACCGGCUACGGUUACGUCCAGCAGCCUCUCGCGUCUCCUGCGCCCGGGGCUACGGCGGCCGCGUUCGGUCAAUACCAGCCGCAGCAGCUCCAGACGGACCGCAUGCAGUGAGAUGAAGAAAAGAAAAGCUGGUCGUUUGACCAUUUAUGACUGUGCCACUUUUUACAGUGUCAGCCAAAGAAACUGAUAUACUUUUUUAUUGUUCUGUUACUGUUAUUAUUGCUGUUCUCAUCAUUUUAUUUGUAGUAUUUAAUAUUUAUUACGGAGAAGAAAGCUGUAGGCUGUAGCUUGUCAAA